UGAAGCACAUGAAAAUGAAAGAUGCCCUGUAAAACCUUCUGAGUGUUUGGCCCAUCUCUUUCCUCUCACUCAUCCCUCAUUGACUCCUCCACUCCCCGCCUGCCAUGCGCAAAGAAGCAUCCCUCAUUUGGAAGUAUAUGGUGCCAAAGGCGCCCAUGCUCAUCGGCACCACUGUCAGUCACUACACUUUCGGACCACCCAAACCCUCAUGGUCCUACAAGUUCAACAUCACCAUGGCCAUGGCGAGAGCGUUCACUGCACACCUCGAGGACGUGCCCUUGAAACAGUCUCAGGCUAUGAGUCGCCUCAAUGACAAGUACGCGCCCAUUCACUCGGGUGCCAUUGCCUCCGAGUCGACUGUGCCCAGCACCUACAGAGACAAGGCUGCAGAAUACGUCGACCGACUCCUCAAGGAGCAAGGCUUCGACUCAACAAAACUCGGCUGGGACUGGACACAUGAUCCGAGAGCCGAGAAGCCGCUCAAGGGGGAGUGGACCGAGACUAAGGUCAAGGAUGAGAAGUUUGCAGAGGGGCGUACAGUCCUUUAUCUGCAUGGUGGAGGGUACUUUUUAUGCUCUAUCCGAACUCAUCGCUGGGCUACAUGGAGUAUGGCGCGGCUUGGAGGCGCCAAGGUCUUUGCGGUCGAUUACCGGUUGGCCCCCGAUUCACCCUUCCCUGCAGCUCUUCACGACGCGCUUGCGGCCUAUCUAUACCUUCUGGACCCACCGGCUGAAUCCGGUAUUGCCUCUGUCGAUCCAAAGAACAUUGUCAUCAUGGGCGAUAGCGCUGGAGGAGGUCUGACAUUUGCAACAAUGCUCGCUAUUCGCGAUGCUGGUCUGCCAAUGCCAGCGGGUAUCAUUGGUUGGAGUCCAUGGAUCGAUCUAUUGCACUCUAUGCCGUCCGUUUUGGAGAACACUCUCUCGGACUACCUUCCCUCCGAGGGGUUUUCACAUGGAGGACAGGCGUCGCUCAAAAAGCUGGCCAAGGUAGUGGUGGCGGCCGUGGGCACGGACGAGGACACGGUGCUCCAAUCACUUCCUGCAGUGCAGCAUUAUACCAAUAACCGCCUGCUGCAUUGCAAGUACGUCAGUCCGAUCCUCGAGGACAACCUGGAAGGAGCGUGCCCUAUCUUGAUGAUUGCUGGCGACGGCGAAAUGCUUAGGGACGAAUCGAUCGUAUUUGCCAAAAAGCAUGCUGAUGCUCCAGCAGGUGUCCAGCUCCGCGUUUACGACGAUAUGCCACAUGUGUUCCAGAUGUUCGGCUUCCUGCCAAGUGCUAAACACUCACUGAAAGAAUCGGGCGAGUUUAUCAGAAAUGUAACCAUUGGCGGAGCUGGUGUCGAGAACAAGACUUUAGAGAGGAUCAAUGUCAAGGGGGAGCGGCGGCCGCUGGAAGAGGACGCUGUGUCGGAGUGGAGAGAGAGGAUCGGAAAGCUGGGUGGAGGAUCAAAGUUCUUGGCCAAGCUGUAAGAGACACUACCAUAAUGAACGAAAAUUAUAAUAAAUGAUAGG